GGGCCGCGUAUAUUGCUAUUUUGUUCUUGUGUUCUUAUUGAUUUUAAAAACAAAAUUUGCUUAUUUCGUAGUAAAAUGGAUAAAGUCGAACAAAAUGAUGGCACUAAUCGUGAUGAAUUGAUUAUGCAGCAACAACGAGAAAUCGAAAAAGAGAUAAGUGAUUCGACACCAUUGGUAAGUGAACAACUGCCCAUAACUUGCCUUAAUGCUGAGUAUCUGGGUGAUGAAGUUUUCACAUCAAAAAUUCAAGAUCUUGCCGGCAAGUAUAAGUUCUUACGACGCACCCGCCCUGACGGAAAUUGCUUUUUUCGUGCAUUCGCUUAUGCUUACUUAGAACAUUUAAUAUCCAACAAAGAUGAAUAUCUACGAUUCAAAGACUUGGCGGAGAAAUCGAAAGAUAAGCUAGUGCAGUUGGGAUUCCCUAGUUUCACGCUAGAAGACUUUCAUGAUACCUUUAUGGAAGUCGUUAAACGUGUAGACCCCGUAAGCGGUUCCACAGACCAAGUAUGUGACGAGCUGCAUAAAGUGUUCAAUGAGCAAGGCUACUCUGAUUAUGUAGUAGUCUAUUUACGCUUACUCACUUCUGGAAAGCUGCAAGAAGAGGCUGAUUUUUAUCAGCACUUCAUUGAAGGAAAUUUUACAAUUGAGGAAUUUCGUCAUCAGGAAGUGGAACCAAUGUAUAAGGAAUCAGAUCAUAUACAUAUUAUUGCACUCUGUACCGCUUUAGGUGUAGGCGUGCGCGUAGAAUAUAUGGAUCGGGGUGAUACACAUGUGAAGGCGCACGACUUUCCAGAGGGUAGUACACCAAAAGUUUUUCUAAUUUAUCGACCGGGUCACUACGAUAUUCUGUAUCCCAAUUAAAAUCUAAACUAGAAGAUAUCAAUGCCUCAAAGCAAGGAGCUAAGCUCCGCUGCUUUUCUAAUUUGCUAUUUGCUAAGAAUAUGUUAAAUGUACGUAUGUAUAUUAUUUGUGGCUCUAAUUGUGUAUUAGGCAGCUUGAAUUGAUUUCCUACUUGUUUACAUACAUUAACGAGGUCUAAAUAAUUUCAAAUGAUAUUAUGAUCAUACGAGUAAUUCAACUGCAAUUAUAUUUUGGAUUUAUAAAUACAUUAUAAUCAAUUCUUUUCGAAAUUUCGCGAUAUUUCAUACGAAUAAAUUAUGGAGAUAUAUUGCAAUAAUUACUCAUUAAA